AAGUGAGGUUAUGUUAAAAUUAUUUUAAUUUGAAAUAUCUAAACACGUGUUUGUUUAUCGCAAUGGCAAAGACCUCAAAAAAAAGAAAGCUUACUGAAGCUGAAGCAGAAGAUAAAACAACAGGGCUAUUACCGACAGUUAGACGAUCAGAUGAGCCAGUAGAAAAAAAGGCAAAAUGGGUUAACAAACAGCGAGUGUUGAUAUUUGCAUCUAGAGGAAUUAGUCAUAGAGACAGGCAUUUAAUGGAAGAUUUAAAAAAAAUUAUGCCCCAUCACAAACCUGAGGCUAAAAUGGAACGUUCCAAAACGUUAUCGGUUAUAAAUGAAAUGUGUGAGAUGAAAAACUGUAGCAAGGCAGUAAUGUUUGAGGGACGAAAAAAGAAAGAUUUAUAUAUGUGGUUGUCCAAUGUUCCUAAUGGACCAAGCGCAAAGUUUUUCGUAGAAAAUAUAUACACUAUGGAAGAGCUGAAACUAACAGGGAACUGUUUAAGAGGAUCAAGGCCAAUAUUGAGUUUUGAUCCGAUAUUUUUAGAAAAACCACAUUAUGCUUUAUUAAAAGAACUCCUUUCGCAGAUAUUUGGAGUUCCCAAACAUCAUCCAAAGAGUCAACCUUUUUUUGAUCAUGUUUAUACAUUUACAAUUUUAGACAACAGGAUAUGGUUCCGAAAUUUUCAAAUUUUAUCCGAGGACGGAGCCUUGGCAGAAGUAGGACCUAGAUUUGUAUUAAAUCCUGUUAAGAUAUUUUCUGGUAGUUUCGGGGGCGUUGCGUUGUGGGAAAAUCCAAAUUACAUGAGUCCAGCAAAAUACCGCCAACAACUGAGAAUAAGCGCUAAAAAUAAAUACCUCAACAGGAUGCAGCAAAAGGCGCACGCAGAAGCUACAAGACCCACAGAUAGUUACAAGUUAACGCCAUUAGACGAUAUUUUUAAAGGCGAUCCUCUAAAAAAGGCCCUCGAUCUGGAUAAAGAUAGUAACGUUAAACAUAACGGAGAUGUGUCGAAAAAGCCAAAGAAGAAGAAGAAGAAGAAAAUAAAAAAGGUGUCUGUAUCAACUAUGAAGAAAUCAAAAGUAUAAUUUGAUUAGGUGUUUAAUAAAAUUUGUAUUGUA